UGGCCCCUGCCAACCUCAACCGGGGUCGCGCCACCUGGUCCACUCCGGAGCCCGCGGCACGCGCUCUGGUCGCGCCGGGCCAGCUGUGAGCCCAGCGCUGGAUGGGGCUCGCUCUCCUCCCCGCUCCCCUCCCCAAGGAGCUGACACCAACUUCUGUUCUUGAACUCAGUUCUGUCCCCUGUUUUGGCCCACGGCGACCUGGGCAGCCCUGACGGCUGCGGACCCCCCUGAAGUGCCCAGAAAGGUGCCCGGGGGGUGCCCAGCGCCUCCCCAGCUCUUUCUGGAUGGAGAUGCCACAGGGAGGCCCCGGCUGAGGGCUCUGGCCCUCACCUCCCUCUCCUGCUGACUGCACCUCCCCCAGCGCAGAGGCUGCUGCGUGAAGCAGGAAAUGCUGCACCAGUCGGCUCCCUGGAAUCUUGGUUUGAUCUCUGGGAUGGAGCUGGGGCCGGCGACUGGGACCCUCGUGCUGAAGCUUCGCUGUGUUGAAGAUGGGGGCCCGGGGCCUGACACCCUCUCAGGUGGCAGCGGUCGGGGUGAGAGUCGGCAGGAAGGAGAGGCUCAGGAGAGCGGCAGCCGCGCGCCACGGCCCGCAGCCUCAGCCCCAGAGGGGUCCGGUGAGGUUGCUGAGGAAGCCCAGCCAGGAGAGCCAGAGCGGCAACUGCAGCAGCCAGAGCCGCAGCAACAGCCAGAGCAGGAACAGCCGCAACAGCAGCAGCUACGAAACCAGCCAUCAGGACAUCGGCCAGAACCACAGCAGCAGCAAGAGGGACAAGAACAGCUGCCUCAACGACAGCAGAGACCGCAGGAAACACACCAAUCCCGGCCACGUCAGCCACUGGAGCCGCAACUGCCACGGAUGCAACAAGUGCAAGCGCAACAGCUAUUGCAGCAGCAGCAGGAACAGCCACCACAGCCGCAGGACAGGCAACAGCAGGAACUACAGGAAGAACCCCGAUCUGGGCAACGUGAGCGACUGAAGCCGAUGCAACAGCAGGGAGCGUUACAAGCGCAGCAAGUGCAAGAGCAACAGCAGAUGGAGCAACAGCAGGAGCUGUUAGAACAGCAGGUGCAGCAGCAGCAGCAGGAGCAACAGGAGCAGCAGCAGCAAGAAAGGUUACAGCAGCAGCUGUUGCAGCAGCAACAGUUGCAGCAGCAGCAGCAGCAGCAAGAACAGUUGCACCAGCAGCAGCUGCAGCCCCAUCCACUGGAGCCAGAGGAGGAGGAAGAGGUGGAGCUGGAGCUCAUGCCUGUGGACCUGGGGUCGGAGCAGGAGCUGGAGCAGCAGCGGCAGGAGCUGGAGCGGCAGCAGGAGCUGGAGCGGCAGCAGGAACAGCGGCAGCUGCAGCUCAAACUGCAGGAGCAGCUGCAGCAGCUGGAGCAGCAGCUGGAGCAGCAGCAGCAGCAGCUGGAGCAGCAGCAGGAGGUGCAGCUGGAGCUGACCCCGGUGGAGCUGGGGGCCCAGCAGCAGGAGGUGCAGCUGGAGCUGACACCCGUGCAGCCAGAGCUGCAGCUGGAGCUGGUGCCUGCUGCGGGGGCAAGCGGGGCCUCGGGGCCGGGGGCUCCGGCCGCCGUCAUGGUGGCUCCUCCUGGCUACGUGGUGCUGCAGGAGCUGAUGGUGCUGCCGGCCGUGGCCCCGCCACCGCCGGCGGUGGUGCCCAUCUCGGGCCCCGCGGGCAGCGCAGCCCUGGCACCAGCCAGGCAGCGGCGAAGGCGGCGCGCCCGGGACCGACCGACCAUCUGCGGCGAGUGCGGCAAGGGUUUCAGCCGCAGCACCGACCUGAUCCGGCACCAGGCCACGCACACGGGCGAGCGGCCGCACCGCUGCGGCGAGUGCGGCAGGGGCUUCUCCCAGCACUCGAACCUGGUGACACACCAGCGCAUCCACACGGGCGAGAAGCCCUACGCCUGUUCCUACUGCUCCAAGCGCUUCAGCGAGAGCUCGGCGCUCGUGCAGCACCAGCGCACGCACACAGGCGAGCGGCCCUACGCCUGCGGGGACUGCGGCAAGCGCUUCAGCGUCUCGUCCAACCUGCUGCGCCACCGGCGCACGCACUCUGGCGAGCGGCCCUAUGUCUGCGAGGACUGCGGCGAGCGCUUCCGCCACAAGGUGCAGAUCCGCCGCCACGAGCGACAGCUGCACGGGGCUGGCCGCUCGCGGGGCCUGGGUCUGCUCCGCGGCACGCGCACGGCCACGGGCGGGCCUCCGCGCGCGGAGCAGGCCACCGGGGACAAGGCCCCGUGAGGGGGACGGGGCCGGCUCCUUGGCUUUGGGAGGCACUGCGCCUGGCCCGCUGCGGUGUCGUGACCCCACUCCGCGGUCUUCUCUGACAUCCCGGCGCCUCUCUCGGAAAAGGCCUCCGUCCGCCCUCGGGAUCGCCGGCAGAGCAGGACGGAUCACCACCCUCAGGGACGCUUGCGACAGCAAGGCCGGUGUGGCUGAGACAGCACAGAUGUUGCACAUCAGCACAAAACAGCACACGCUACACUUUCGUCUUGGGCGCCGACGGGGGAGGAGACCGCCAAGAAGCGCCUCUCCUGGGAAACGUGGGCCUGCUAGAAACGAGAGCCACCCGAGAAAACUUCCAGUGACAGAUGGGACAGUUGGGGACAUUGGAUGCGGAUUGAACACUAUCCAGGGAAUCAAAUAUACCUGGUGAUAUGCACAUGAAAAGGAUAUGAUCCUGGUGAAACUUAUUUCAAAGAAAUAUGGGAGGAAAGGCAAUUCGUCUGCACUAUGUCGAGAACUAACUGAUCGGGGCAUUGGAUUGCCCUCACUUGCAUUUGCUCUGAAUAUACUUUCUCGAACAAAACUUCCUCAGGGGGAAUAGAACCCUGAUUUAAAUGUUUGUGUUCAUAAACACAGGGUCAGAGUGUCUGCUGGGACAAUGUGCAAAUGCCAGGAAGUCCUACUCUGGGCAGAAGGUGCAACCUUGCCCCGGGGCCACGGGAGUCCUGACUCGCUGGGGCGCAGGCCGUAGGCUCUGCCGCGCCUGUUCCCGUGUCCAAAGCGGCCCCUCGUGUCUCUCUCGUAGAAGCCUGUGGCUGAAGCAGAGGGCAUUCUGGGAGUGCCGGCCAAAGUCCAAAGGAAUGAUGCUCCCCCCACGGCCUGAAAGAGGCCUGGGGUACCCCCUUUCCCUGUAACCCUCCCGCUCCAGGACGCCCUUGAGACCCAGGGGCAGGAGCCUCCUGGGCCAGGCCCUGCAGGGGGCUGGCCGGAGCGGACGCUGCCUGGUUGCCAGGGUCAGAGGGAGGACGUUGGGGACAAGGGCGGGAGACAUCAGGAAUGCUCUUUGCACUCACACACCCAUCCGGGGGCCGCGGCCUCCCGCAGCAAGGCAGGCGGCAGAGGAGGCUGCCCCCCCCUCUGUCCCGGCCCCCCCACCGCCCGGA